AUUUAUGUUUACUACGGGCUCGGCAGUCGAAUGCCAUCGCGCCAAGCGGACGCGCGUUCUAAUUAUAAAAAUAAAAUAAAAAAAGAAAUUUCGCGCGGGAAUUAGUGUUUUUUUUUGUGAAGUGGCCAGUGUUUGUAGGAAAGUGGACUGAACCAUAAAGUUGGGAGUUUGCUGCAGAGUUUAAAAAACACUAAGGAGUGUUUAUAGCUGACAAAUAGCAAAACUUAUUGUUUCAAGAAUAUUUUGACACAAUUUUCAAAUUACCAAAAACUUUAAAAGACACUUUACAGGUGAAAAUUUACAACUUCAGUGAAAAUGAAUAGUGAAAAAUAAAUAUUAGCCUUUAAACAAUAGGCACUUAAUACGUAAUGCUUGGCGAACCCAAUUGAAGUUCACAAAAACUUUAAAAAACUAUCGUUAGAAUAUUUUUAUGAAAAAUUCUUAACUGUUCUAAAAAAACCUAAAACCCAUCAGCUUUUCCUGAAGAGCCUCCGUAGUUUUCAAAUCCAAAUGACUCAUAUAAGCUGACAGUGUUACCAGCUGUAGUGAAAUAAAUAAUGGCUGAAUGGUUUAAGCGUGUUAAAAAAUGGAGUGGUGUAUCCAGGCAACCAGAAAACCCUGAUCUGACGAGGAGCCAGUACUCCCUGGUGUCAACUGGGGAGCUGACCGCCGAAGCUGUUCAAGUAUGGCUGAAGCUGCCUAAGAAGAUCAAGUAUGACCCUGAGUUGGAGCCGUUCCAGAAGCGAUAUGAAAAGGACAUUGCAAGCAAACAAGAGGGUACACAAUUAAAACUGAAGAACGGUGUGACACCGGAGUCGAAGAAGCGACUGCCCCUGGUCAAGUCCGCGCCACAUCUGAACAACAAUAGGGUGGAAGAAAUUCCUAACGUUGAUGGAAGGCUGGAUGGUGUGGAGAUACAUAGCUCGGGCAAGGAUGGAGGAUCAGAUAAUGACUCCUCACCUAAACGGCAUACUAAGAUGGCAGCGGCGGGGCAUUACCUGAAGAUGACUCUGCUGCUGGCGUGCUGGGUCUUCUUCACGCUGAUAUUCAUGAUGUACAAUGAACGGGAGGAGAUCGUACUGUACUCCUCCGUACACCCUGGAGAAACUAAGAAUUACGUACUAAACAUAUCAGACAGCCAGCUAUCCAUGCUAGUGAAAUUAUCGGGACCGUUUUACACGGAGCAAGCGGAAGAGAGGCUGAACAAAUCAAAACUCAAAGAUGCAAGACGGAUGGAAGUCUGGCUUGAGAGAUGGGUGGUAGAUGGCCAGGGGCCUAUUAUAGAACCUGAUGAAACUGAUAAAGAGAUAUCGAAAACCUGGCCGAUACUCUUGCAAGAAGAAGACCUAGACUUCAGCGAGGGGGAGUCCCGGUCGUCCAUCUUGGCUCUACAUUCAAAUCUGACCAAUCAGAGCGGCGUGUACGCAUUACGUAUGCGCACGACAGCCAAUCAGACAGCGCCGUUUACGAUGAAGUACACGAUUAGUCCGCUAGAUGCCAGCAGUGGUGUUUUAUAUGCCUGCAUCUUACUAUGUGGACUGUAUGUGCUUAUUAUUUUUGAGAUCAUCAACCGAACCAUGGCAGCGAUACUAAUAGCCACAACGUCACUCGCAGUUCUGUCUCUGAUCGGCCAGAGACCUUCCGUGCCAGAGCUGGUGUCUUGGCUGGACAUGGAGACGCUACUGCUGCUGUUCAGCAUGAUGAUCCUCGUGGCUAUAAUGGCGGAAACUGGGAUGUUUGAUUUUCUAGCUGUAUUUACUUUUGAGGUCACAAAAGGCAAGCUCUGGCCGCUCAUAACGUUACUCUGUGCCAUCACGGCGUUCCUUUCCACGUUUCUGGACAAUGUGACUACUGUUCUACUGAUGACACCAGUAACGAUCAGGCUCUGUGAGGUAAUGGACAUGGAUCCAGUGCCUAUACUGAUGUCGAUGGUGCUGUUCAGCAACAUAGGCGGCACCGCCACGCCCGUGGGGGAUCCACCGAACGUCAUUAUUGCUUCUAACAAGGCUGUUGUGCAAUCUGGCAUCAAUUUCACAAACUUCACAAUGCACAUGAGCCUGGGCAUCCUCCUCGUGUGCGUGCAGACGUACUUCCAGCUCAGAUUCAUUUACAGAGACACCAACAAGCUGAGACUCAACGUUCCCAGGGACAUACAAGAUCUCCGCCAUCAAAUCUCCAUAUGGCGUCGCGCUAUCGAGUCUCUGCCUCACCUGAGCAGAGACCAGCAAGUGGUGAGAGAGAGACUCGAGAGGAAGAUGAACAAGCUGACGGCGCAACUGGCGACCAUGGUCAAAGAGAGCAGCAAGAGAGUCUGCCCGAAAGAGACUUUUCAGACUACUUUGGGACAGUUGAAGGAAAAAUAUAAAAUCCGCGACAAAAUGUUGCUGCUGAAAUCUACAGUCGCGAUAACCUUUGUUGUGGCUGUCUUCUUCUUGCAUUCGAUUCCUGAACUGAACCGCGUAUCUCUGGGCUGGACGGCGCUGUUAGGAGCGAUCCUUCUGCUGACGCUGGCUGACCGCGAGGAUCUGGAGCCCAUACUGCACAGGGUGGAAUGGUCCACGCUACUGUUCUUUGCUGCGCUCUUUGUUUUGAUGGAGGCUCUCUCCAAACUUGGCCUGAUAGAGUUCAUAGGAGGUCUGACAGAAUCUCUUAUACUCAGAGUGGAUGAAAAUGGCAGACUAGCCGUAGCGCUGCUGCUAUUAUUGUGGGUAUCAGGCAUAACGUCAGCAUUCGUGGACAACAUACCACUCACCACCAUGAUGGUGCGCGUGGUCAUCGCUUUGGGCUCCAACCCGACUCUGAACCUGCCCAUCACUCCACUGAUAUGGGCCCUGUCCUUCGGCGCUUGUUUAGGAGGUAACGGCACCAUAAUCGGCGCAAGCGCAAACGUGGUGUGCGCGGGCGUGGCCGAACAGCACGGCUACCGGUUCACCUUCAUGCAAUUCUUCAAGAUCGGCUUCCCCGUCAUGAUCGGACAUCUUAUAGUCGCUUCGGGCUAUCUCCUCCUCUGCCAUUGCGUGUUCACUUGGCACUGAGGACCUAAGGCUGAGAUCUAUAGAGCGUACUUUGACUUUUCUCAGACUCUCUCCGUCACUCGCUCCAUACAAACGUAGUUCCAAUUUCAUUUGAAUAUUAAGCA